AUGCGUAUCUCGAUUAUCGCGAGAGGCAAAGACACUUGCGACGCCGGCCUCUCCUACUUCGAAUGCAAAGAGGGCUAUCGUGGUUGUUGCCAUUUCAACCCAUGCCCUGGCACCAACUGCCCGCGCGAGUUGUCAGUGACGCAGCCAGGCAAGAUUGUUGCAUCUGUCGCCGCGCCUGUGCUCGUCUCUGCCAUCGACCCCUUGCUGUCGAAGAGACGCACGAUCACCAUGACCUCGACCAUCACGACAUACAAAUCUAAAUCGAUGCAAGCCACGACCACUACCGUCUUCCUGCCUGACGCAACCGGCCCUGGGGGUGCUUGGUACACCGACCCAAAGGGUCGACUUGUCUCGACCGUAUCCUCUUUGGAUCCAUCCCUGUACCCUACGGUCGAUUCAUCCCCUAGCGUCCCGUUCACUCUCGUCGAGCCGCAGGUCCUUAUUACAUCAACAUCGACCGCUGCUCCCGAGCCCGGCUCCGGGAACAGUGGCCUUUCUACUGCAGCACAGGCUGGAAUCGCCGCCUCUGUCUUGAUCGUGCUUGUGGCAAUUAUCGCCGCCUGGUUCCUCUGCACCAAGCAGAGAAGGAAGCUCAGAGGUUCUCGAGAGUCCAUCAGGUCCAUCAGCAGAGACGGCAACAGCAGAAAAGGAAGCACAAACGGCUCAAAGGAGGAUCAGAGCAACCCGCCCAUUAUCACCCAUCCAUUUCAACCUAAUGGCCCUUCUUCUUUUGGAGGACACUAUGAAGAGCCACAGACUCGCUUCAGCCGAGUCAGUAAUAUAGGCUCAGAGAAGAUGAUGAACCACCCGAUCAGCCCUGAUACUCGUAACUUGGCGAUUUGGCAGCCGCCGUCAGCUGUGAUUGCGAGAGUCAACAUAGUCAGUCCUGGUUUUACACCUCGUACAGUCAACGCUACUCCCGACUUUAUUUGCCGUACUGCCAACACGACUCCCGACUUCACUUCCCGCACUGCUAACGCGACUCCCGACUUCAUCUCUCGCCUCGGCACGGCUACCCCCGAGGUUCAUGGCCCACCUCAGCAGGCGGCAAUCGCGGAGUUGGCUUCCCCUGGUCGACCCAAGGUCGUCGAGAUUUGCAGUACUCGCAAUAGCGUGCAAAUGUACAAGGCGUACCACCCAAUGGGCAACUCGCUUUAUCCCGUCGCUGAGACCUCGCCGAGCUAUCUCACUGGCAAGCUGAACCCUAUUGAGGAUGAGGGUUUUCAGGACCGAUAUGUGAAUUGCUGGACUAAGUGGGAUCCUAUUGCUUGA